AUGGAGCCAAGAUUAUGGCACGAUCUGACGGAUGAUCCAGACCACUACGUCAAGUCGUUCAAAAUCUUCCGCGCUCGCUGUUCUGAAUUCAGCGUGUUCCCCGGGUGGGUGGACGGUGUGCUCGGCGAGGCAGUGGUUGGUAAACUCACACUGGACGGACAAGAAGAGGUACGGGUCCUGGGAGUGGGCAGUGGAUCAGGGGAAAUGGACUCUCCGGUGUUGAAUAUGCUCUCGAAGCGAUUCCCACGAAUCAACAAAUGUGUAGUUGAGCCGAAUCCAAGGUUUUUAGACCAAUACAAGGCUCGCGCACAAUCCGAGGUACAUGAACUGCAAGGUCUUUAUUAUGAGUGGCGGCAGCAGACGAUUCAGCAGUACGAAAAGGCGGGAGAUUCUGCGAAGUUUCAUUUCAUCAGUGCGAUUCACUCCAUUUACUAUGUAGACGAGAGUUCGUUGAUGUAUUUGUACGACCGUCUGGAACCGGGCGGAAUAAUGCUGGUCGUUCUGAGAUCAGAUAAAAGCGGUCACGCGCGUUUCUGGAAUCGCCUGCAAUCUUUCCGACACCGAUUCGUGUACACCGACGCGGCUCUCGUACGCAACGUUCUGGACAGCCGGGGCAUCCCGUACACUCAUUUUCACGAACCCCAGUUCUUGGACAUCACCAAGUGUUUCGACGAAGCUUCCGAAGAAGGCAGCCUGCUGGUGGAUUUCCUGACCCAAACCGUUCACUUCAAGGAGACGGCACCCGAAGACGUACAGAGAUCCAUGAUGGAGUAUCUUGCAAGCAGCGACUGCUCCGAGAGCAAAAGUGAGGCCAUACUGCUGAACAUUGACUUGGAUGCAAUAGUCAUCAGCAAGCCAUGA